AUGACACCAGAGAAUGGACCAGCUUCGUCCCAAGGACCUCUGAUAAAACUUCCAAUAUCAGAUCCUUACGAUCAACGUCAUGAACAGUAUGGAGCAUCUUCAGGCUGGGACGAGUGUGGACAGAGUUCGAUGCCAUCUUCAGCUUCACCUUUGGCGCGGCGUAUGGCGGACCUCACUUUGUUCCUCUGCCCGUGCUGUGGCUGGGACUCGAGACAUUCAGACGAAGCCACUGCUGACGCCGUAAUUGAAGGCUACCAACAAUUGCCCAGCGCUGCGCCAAUAAUUCCAGGUUCAGAUGUUCCUUAUGUGGCAGAAAAGCAACCGGCAAUGACAAUGCCAUCUUCUGAACCGUAUGACAGUACGACUCUGAGUGCUGGGCAACAAACAAAUUACAACUAUCAACAGCCGGAUUUGAAUUUCGUCGCGCCUCUUGUCAGUUUCCCUCUCAUCCCAGAGCAAGCUCCGUUGGCAGAGCCCUUGAUAAGUGAUACUGUGUCAAAUCAACGACCGUCUCUUCCAGGUGGAGAUUUUUACACCAGUCAAAUCUUUAAAGACGAAGCACAGCUGGACAACCAAGGAAUGAUGUCGAAUCAGCAUCUCAUGGUCAAGACAUUAUCUCAGGUUGAAUACAACUCAGAGCCCAGCCUCAUCGAUACCACUGCUCUUACUCAUCACAACAUGUCACCAGUCGACACUGUUUCACAGUAUGGCAUGCUUAUCAACGGUCAGAUAGGCGAGGAUGCGGCGCAGAAUGGGUGGUCCCUGAUGGAUCAACAUCCUAAUUUUGACAUUUUACUUCCCAAUCAGCGGGGAGGAAAGAGAGGUCCCUUCAAAGAUCACAACCUUCGUGAGAAAACCGCCCAAACCCGAAAGAUAGGCUCUUGCAUCAGAUGCAGAAUGCAGAGGAUUCGUUGUGAGAACAACCCGGAAGAGGAGGGAGGACCAUGCUUGACAUGCAAGAAAGUCUCCAACUCGAGAGCGGGACGCUUUCCUUGUCUCAGAUACAAGAUCACAGACAUCCGGCUUUUUAAGCCUGGACAAGUUCCAGGCUACGAAUGGACGCGACGAUGGACCAAUAACAUAUCUGAUCCCAUACAGAGUUGGGCAACAAACGAGGAGCCUAGAGUUAUAUACCUCUCAGAAGGGCUUUCGAACAAGUUUGUCAAAGUUAAGGUCCAGCGAUUUAUUCCUCAAGCUGGCGACAAGCUGGAGCGCACAUGGGAUUACAAAGGCGUCAAGAAGUCGGUGACAAUACCUCCCUAUGCGAUGGUGAAUCUCGAGGAGGUAAAGAAGGAGUACCUGAGUCACAUCGAGAACAGCAUGCAGGAUGCUUUUAACAGGUUGCUUGGCCCGCGUGAAGGACUGCUUUUUCGGACGUACUUACGUGCUUGGAAGAUCUUUCGAGAUCCAUCCACAUCGCCCGAGUGUGUGGACCUUAUUCACCACACCCUCCUGCUGUGGAUGUCGAUUCGAUUGACAACAAGGUCAAGCUUCAUAGUUGGGGAAGAGACUUUGGGCAUGGAAGAGAACAUCCUGGACGAAACCAACCCUAACCAUGGCAAAAUUCCUCUUCCGCCAGUGCUUGGCGCCCAGAUGGAUCUCGUCUUGAUUCAUCAUAUCCAGACGAAACUGCGAAGAGAGUUACUAGACAAACUGCAGAAGAUGAUGUCAAAGAACAAGCAGAGCACAUGGCUAGUAACGUAUCUCGUAAUCUUCAUCCUUCUGCACAACACAGCUCUCAUCACAGCACACGAUGCUGGAUACGCAAAAAAGCAUGGCAUGAAGCGACGUUUUGCGCGUGAAGAAAAGGUGAAAGAAUAUCACCUAGGAGCCAACAUCUUGCUUGCACAUUUCCACUACUGUAACAAAGGUAUUUACCCGUUUUCGGAGGAGUGCAAGGAUCAAGACUUGCGCACUCUGGCCGGCCUUGAUGAAGAGAAGAUCAAGUUUGUGCACGCGACUAGCAGCUUGGCCAAACGAUAUGCGUUGCAAUGGGAGGAGCUUCGAAAGGCAGCCGCAUAUGAGCAUGAUUACUUCUUCGUCAGUCAAUUAUUCGAAAACAACUGGCAGCCUCGGACAACGAUAUGA